AUGGCAUUUGAUGUUGGACUUCUGCCAACGGCCACAUUCUGGACGGACAGCAUCGCAAGCGAUCUUCCGAGAUCGACAUGUCCAACAGCUACGGAUUUUAGCCCACUGGUUGUUCUGCUGCAGAGUUUAGCUUCGGUCUACACAGCUGGGUCUCUCAGGGUCCCACUAGCAAGAGCUCGGGCCUUCCGCGAAACACUGCAGAAUGCAGCUGGAAUCGAUUUAUCUCUCUACCAGAUUGACUCAGUCGAGAUAUAUAUCCGCAUCAUCCGGUAUGCCUACAGCCAUAGUGCAUGGACAACAGUACAGGAUGAACAGAUUCCUGUCAACUUCAACCAACCUACGAUAUACACAAGAGUAUGGCUGGAGUCCGAUGAAUGGCUCGAUAUCCUGCUCAGCCGUGGUCUCAUUUGGCAAGCGAUGACGUUUGUCAAAGCUUUGUCAGAUGUCCGAGAAGUCCAGAAGUUGGCAUUUUUCGCAGCAAGAUCUCGCUACUUCAAGUCGAAAGAGGAGAUUGAGCGAGCUGCACUCGAUUUGGAUCAGGCGAGAUCUCUUCACAAAGCUCUUGAACAACGCAACCCCACCCUAAUUCACGAGACAAGAUUUCAUUCAGAACUCAUCUUUGCAGAGAUAGAGCUGCCCACCACGGUCACGGAAGCUUGGCUCCGCGACGUAAAUGAUGCUGCCUCUGCAGCAGGUCGUCGCGGAGAUAUCACUGUUUCUAGCUUGUUCUACGACAAAGCCAUCACUGCUUGCACAUCAAAUCACCACACGGCGGCUCGUCGUGCAGCUCUCAACGAAUCCGACCGCCUUCUGAAACUCAGCUGCGACUUUCCCGGACUGCUAGUCAAUCAGAAUUUGGUCUGGGGAAUUGAUAGAAAUCAUAGAUCCGGGGAACUCAUGAACUGGUAUCAAUGGUUUGACAGCGAGGUUCUUGGGAUACGGCCAUUCACGCCGUAUUUCCAGCCUAGCACAGACGAAAACAGAUCAUUCGACAAUCCAAUGGCGUUGAGACACAGAGCCACCAUUGAGUCGAUGUUACUCCAUGCUACUGGCGACUUUGUGGGUGCAGGCCUCUUGCGGGCAGAAUUGGCAGAGUUGAACAAAGAUAUUCCCAUCAGAGCCCUCAGUGACCUGGGACAGAGUCAAAUUGAUCUGGAGUGGGCCGACAAAUCCCGUAGUAACGUCAACGACGUCAUGGAUGUUCUGCUUCAGAGGCUGAUAAAUGCCGCACAGCGAAACGCGAUAGGCGAAGAGGUGUUGCAAGUCGUUCUGCAAACUCCUGGAGCAGAGUCGACAAGCUUUAUUCCGCUUGAAGACGUUACAGCGGAAAGACUUGUUGCUAUCUGCUACGGUCCACCUCUUUAUGAAAGCCAAUGGCAAUUGCGCUUCACGGCAAUCAAAACUUGGCUGGGAGCAGAUCCAAAUUUUCCACAACAAACAGCAAAUGAGACCUUGCUAAUGAUGCUUCUGCAGCAUCGACAAAAUUACAUGCCUGUUGGCCUUCCAACAAAUAAUCACACCGCGGUAGUGCAGUCAAGGAUGCACACCAUUCAGCGACUUCUCGACUACUUGGCGACAUGCAACGCAGAAGUCAAGGCCAUGAACUAUCAACUGCACUUGCGAAACCGACAAAUACUUAUUCAAUGUCGACUUCAACUCUUUUGGAACGACCCCACCGACACAAGUGAUAUUUGGUCUGCUUUGGCAGACUGCAAUGAACUUCUUGCGGAAAGUAAUGCUUCGGCUAUCCCGCUUGAGCCACGGUAUCUAGCAAUGUUGCAUAACACGCUCGGACAGCUCAAUAUGGUUCUCGCACACCAACGACAUCUGGUUGUCAUAGGCUUUGAAGAGUAUGAAGCUGCAGACAAAAUCUACGAGGCGUUGCGCAGCGAAUUGUCCGUCAUUGGCAAUAUCAAUGCUCAGCUUUUAAAAGCAAGAUGGCGUGAUACGGUCACCGACGGGCGUCAAAACGUUGCAGAUGCGAUAUUCCGUGCGCGGCUUGAGUGGAUGGUAGGCAAUGCACUUGGUAUGCAACCGAAAGUUCAGGCUGCGGCAAUGAAUCUUUGGAACUGGGUUCAAAGAUCGAAAGCCCGAGCACUGACUGACGGAAUUGCUUCUGUUGAGACAGUACCUCUUGACAUCACAUCCACAGUUCGAGAAAGCUCAAAUCACCAAGAAAUGUUCGAACGCUGGACGGACAUGACGCGACGUGCAGCUGAGUUGAGGGCGGCAACACCUAAUGCACCAGAGCUUUAUCAUCUAAAGAACAGCCUCGAUCAACUUGAGCAUCAGAUGCAACAGAUUCCUGCUCUUGAUUCCGUCUUAGCAUUCAGGUAUGGACGAGCAGUAACUCUCCAGCAAAUGCGCCAGUGCCUUGCUGGCUUACCAGAAAGCGUUCGAUCGAAGAUAGUAUUGAUAGAUUGGCACUUCAUUCUUGGCCAGAUUAUCGUACUCGCAGUUAGACAUGAUGGUCCUGUCCAGGUGAAGGCACUUCCACCGCAGCCCAAUCUCGAGAAUCUGGCUACGCAGUGGGUCCAAAAAUACUUGGUGGACAAAUUAACGCCGGGUUCUGCCUUCCGCGAGCUACAAGGACUGAAUGGCUUGAUAGCUCCCAUUACCGAGUUAUCCAAGCCUGGAGACAUCCUAGUUUUCUGUGCAACAGGAAUCCUAAAUCGGAUCCCCAUGCACGCGAUACAAGUCCCUAAAGCUUCUUCUGUCUCUGGACAAGCAGGCUCUGGUGAUAAGGAACUUCUUCUCCAGCGCAACCUGGUCGUUUAUAUUCACAGCAUGUCACUUUUCCGCUUUUGCGUCUAUUCACGAACCGAAGACCAGGUUGAACAGGCUUCAAAGGUCGCUUUGUUUUCGACCUUGAAUUCGGGCCGGAGAGCUAGUGAUAUGCUUGCCCGCUUCUUCAACACACGUUCGUGGCAAGGGGAAAUAGUCGAUCGGACUCUUUUCUGUGAAAAGUCAGAGAGUGCUACAUUUGUUAACUUCUUCGGUCACAUCCAUCCACCACCUGUGGGUCCGUCCCCGCAAGCGCCAAUUCUAGCCCCUGAACCAUACUUGCGAAUGCUCAACUCGCAUUUAAUGUUUGGAAUUGAAGACGAGACUGAGGGAUGUACUGGAAACAUGGAAGGAGAGCCGCAGCAUGACAACGAAAGCAUGAUUACAGCCACAGGUAUCUGGAGGGACGUUCGUCUUGGAAAUGGAGCACACGUCAACAUCAUCGCCUGUGGCAGUGGCGUUUCUUCUGCUUCUGCGUCCGAAGAUUUCUUCGGCCCCGUGCCAUCGUUCUUCUUCGCCGGAGCAAGGAGCCUGAUUGUGACCUCUUGGCCUGUUGCGGGCUAUCACGCUGCCACCUGGACUCAACACUUCGUUGAAGCGUGGAGUAAUGAUAUCCCUCCAGUGUCUGUCGACCGGAGCGGCUCCUCAGACCAGCAAGCUAGACGUGGAUGGCAUCUGGCAGAUUAUUACAGACAAUCAGUUCUUCAACUCUAUGAACAGUUAGGCGAGCAACAGUUCUUUGAGUGGGCCGGAUACCAAUUCUAUGGAUAUGCUAGGCUGAUGUAG